GCGAGCUAGGGGAGUCCGGCUGCUCUGGCACUUUCACCUCCCGGGAGCGGGGCCGGGGUGAGCUUGGGGAUGGACCAUCCUCCACUGGCUGGGGCUGAGGCGGGAGUGGAGGCUGGACCCUUCUCUCCAAGCCGAAGCGUGGUCCGUCCUGUCCUGUGUCCAGGGCUGCCUGCCCUCUCCCGCCGCCUCCGGGCUGGAGCAAGGGCUUAAACCUUCUGGUCGUAUAUCCACACUGGGACUGGGCUCUGCUCCUGAGGCCACAGCUCAGCUCUCUGCCCUUCACCUCCCCCUGGGCCCACCUGCUCCCCCACCUACCCACAGGCUGGGGCGCUGUGCCCUGGAAGGCUGCAGCCUCUUCCCUCUCCCCACCCCGGGAGCGGCCCCACCCUUUCCCCUUACUGCCUGCAGCCACUGCCCCCUGAGCAGCUGUGUGCCCCCAGCACGUCUCCAGUGGCCUCCCGCUUCUCCCUGCCCAGCCGAGCAGUUGGAGCAGCCAGUCAGGCCGCCCAGAAGACUAUUUGGUGGGGCUCCUGCGCUGAAGCAUAAAUUAGCAAAGCCUGCCCUUUCUUCCCUCUCUACCUCUGACCCCACAAGGUGGCCUACCCCAACCCUCGGACCCCCGGCUUUGGUGAAUCCUGCUAAGAGUGAGCAGUAGCAGGACUCAGCAAAGCUUCCAGCUUGCCACCUGGAAGAAGGUCACUUUCUUUUGAGCAAAGGAGAUAAUGGGAGGUACCCUACCAGUGUUCCUGAGAGCCCGGGGUGGCACAAACCACAGCUGCUCUGGGAGGGUUGUGGCACCUGGGGCUGGGUGGCUCGCCCUAAGCUUGCUCUGACGAAAGAGUUUUGAGUUGGUCUUUUGGCUGAGCCUGCCAAGGAAGGCAGGCUCCUGCAGGAGUCUUGGAGGGUCGGAUGCAGCGCCGGAUGAGGAUGAGGCGUGGCGGAAGAUGCGUUUGGCUCUGCAGACACUGCAUCGGGCAGCAGGGGACUCUGGGAGGCUGGUGCAGCCAGAAGGCAUGGCUCUUGACAGCCUUCUAGUAGAAUCUCUGGAAUUGUGCAUGACAGAAGAGGAAAGAAACUAACGGGUAUUGAGCACCUACUGUGUGCCAGGCCCAGGCCAGGUUCCCCCCACCUCCACCCAGUCUGUGCAGACUUGCUGCCUGCUAUGUCAUCGGGAACGCAAAGGCUGGGAAGAAGGCCCUUCCCAAAAUGGACUGGUGUUGCAGGGUGAGAAGCUGCCCCCUGACUUCAUGCCAAAGCUUGUCAAGAAUCUCCUAGGCGAGAUGCCUCUGUGGGUCUGCCAGAGUUGCCGAAAGAGCAUGGAGGAAGAUGAAAGGCAGACAGGUCGAGAGCAUGCAGUGGCGGUGGCUCUCCUCCAGCAGCCCCUGCACCCAGUCCCUGAGGGGCUGUUGGGCCGUUUCCAGACAGCAGUAGCAGCUUGGGCUCACAAUUGGGGCAAGAACGGAGAGGCUGCAGGCAGCCACCUCGGCCCUGAGGGAGCUUUUGUGGUGUGAGGGCCUGCUUGUAGGUACUGUCAAUGGAGAUUCUGCCCCUUCUGUGUCACCGUGCUGCCUUCAGCCCUGUGACAGCUUGAAAGCCAACCGGUAUGACAAGGAUGGCAAAGAUCUCCUUGUCACACACAUCCUGCAAAUCACAGUCUUGUGGGGGUGACUCUCAUUCCUCUUCGUCCUCCUCUUCAUCGUCCUCGUCCUCCUCCUCCUGCCAUGGGAACUCAGGGGACUGGGAUCCCAGCUCCUUCCUGUCAGCACAUAAGCUCUCGGGCCUCUGGAACUCUCCGCACUCCAGUGGGGCCGUGCCGGGUAGCUCACUCGGGAGUCCUUCUACCGUCCCUGGUGAGGUCUUCUCUAUCUCGGAGCACCACCGGCACUCAGACCUCACUGCUCCACCUAACAGCCCCACUGGCCACCACCCCCAGCCAGCAUCGCUGAUCCCGUCUCACCCCGGAUCCUUCGGCUCUCCACCCCACCCACACCUGCUGCCUGCCACCCCGGCAGCGCCUUUCCCUGCCCAGGCUUCAGAAUGCCCUGUUGCCGCUGCUGCCGCCCCCCACACCCCAGGGGUAUGUCAGACCCCCCACCUGCCCUCCACCAGCAUGCCGCUCCUGAAGAUGCCUCCACCAUUCUCGGGGUGCAGCCACCCCUGUAGCGGGCACUGCAGUGGGCACUGCAGCGGGCCUCUCCUCCCACCUCCCAGCUCUCAGCAGCUCCCUAGCACUCACAGCAGGGACCCUGGGUGCAAGGGACACAAGUUUACACACAGUGGUCUGGCCUGCCAGCUGCCCCAGCCCUGCGAAGCAGAUGAGGGCCUGGGUGAAGAAGAGGACAGCAGCUCAGAGCGCAGCUCCUGCACCUCAUCCUCCACUCACCAGAGAGAUGGAAAGUUCUGUGACUGCUGCUACUGUGAGUUCUUCGGCCACAAUGCGCCACCCGCUGCCCCGACGAGUCGGAAUUAUACAGAGAUCCGAGAGAAGCUCCGCUCGAGGCUGACCAGGCGGAAAGAGGAGCUGCCCGUGAAGGGGGGCGCCCUGGGCGGGAUCCCUGGGGAGCCCGCCGUGGACCACCGAGAUGUGGAUGAGCUGCUGGAAUUCAUCAACAGCACGGAGCCUAAAGCCCCCAACAGCGCCAGGGCCGCCAAGCGGGCCCGGCACAAGCUGAAAAAGAAGGAAAAGGAAAAGGCCCACUUGGCAGCAGAAGCUCUAAAGCAGGUGAAUCGUAGUGUUUCCGGAAGCCAGGAGCCAAGGCCUGCCAGGGAGAGGCUCUUGGAGUGGCCUGACCGGGAGCUGGAUCGGGUCAACAGCUUCCUGAGCAGCCGUCUACAAGAGAUCAAGAACACUGUCAAGGACUCUAUCCGUGCCAGCUUCAGUGUGUGUGAGCUCAAUAUGGACAGCAAUGGAUUCUCUAAGGAGGGGGCUGCUGAGCCAGAGCCCCAGAGCCUAUCCCCCUCAAACCUCAAUGGCUCCUCAGAGCAACGGCCUGAUAUUAACCUUGACCUAUCCCCUUUGACUUUGGGGUCCUCUCAGAACCACACGUUACGAGUUCCAGGUGAGCCGGCCCCACCAUGGACAGAAAUGAGAGGCUCUCACCCACCAUGGACAGAGGUGAGGGGCCCCCCUCCUGGUAUCAUCCCUGAGAAUGGGCUAGUGAGGAGACUCAACGCUGUGCCCAACCUUUCCCGGGUAAUCUGGGUCAAGACACCCAAGCCAGGCAACCCUAGCCCUGAGGAGCCAAGCCCAAAGGAGGUUCCCAGUUACAAGCAGGAGCUGCCUGAGCCUGUGGCCUCAAGUGGGAAGCCUCGGAAGGGCAAGAGACAGGGCAGUCAGGCCAAGAAGAAUGAGGCAAGCCCAGCCCCCCGGGCCCCAGCCAGCCUAGAGGCUGCCAGUGCCAAGGGCCAGACCCCCAGCUCCAAGCAGCCAGGCAAGGCCCCGGAGCCUCCCAAAGUGGGCAGCUUUGCCGAGGCUGGAGAGGGGAGCCGGGGAAGCCAACCGGGACCAGGCUGGGCUGGCAGCCCCAAAGCCGACGAGAAGGGCAGCUCCUGGCGAAACUGGCCAGGUGAGGCCAAAGCACAGCCUCUGGAGCAGGAGUCUGUGCAGCCCCCAGGCCCAGCAAGGCCACAGAGCUUGCCACAGGGCAAGGGCCGCAGCCGCCGGAGCCGCAACAAGCAGGAGAAGACGGCCGCCUCCUUGGACGAUGUGUUCCUGCCCAAGGACAUGGAUGGGGUGGAGAUGGAUGAGACUGACCGGGAGGUGGAGUACUUCAAGAGGUUCUGUUUGGAUUCUGCAAAGCAAACUCGUCAGAAAGUUGCUGUGAACUGGACCAACUUCAGCCUCAAGAAAACCACUCCCAGCACAGCUCAGUGAGCCCCCUGCCGGGUCGAGCUGCUUCAGGGUGUCCUGAGACCCCCCAACUGCCAGCUGAAGGUCUACAGUUUCUUCCUCCACAUCCCUACACCUGCCCAAGAUCCUCCCUGCUCCUCACGUCCUGGACCAACCAAAAGUUGAAUGGAUGCUGUGCUGUGCUGGGGCCCCUCAAGACCUCCGCAGAGCCGCUUCCUGGUGCUACGCAGCCCCCUCACUCAGAGCCUGGGGGCUGGACUGGCCUGUGGGCCGGGGGCUGAUGGUACUGCUGGCCCAACACUGCUCUCUUUGUGUUUGGUUUUGUUUUUGUUCUUGUUUUUCAAUUCUUUACUUUUGAUACUGUGAAGAUCUUUCCUGCCGAAAGAUAAAGCAACAUUUGGACACAGUCA